AUGGAGAAGCAAGAACUCCAUAGUGAAAUGGCCAUUGACAACCUGAGUGUCUGGGAUUUCUGGUGCACUGAUCGACGGAACUUGAUCAUCGGGAAACAGUGGUGGGAUGGGGCGCCGGGUGUUGCUAAGCUGGGAAUUCCCAAGCUGAGUUGGGAAGUUUUCAGCGUUUCUUCAGGGCCCACUCCCCUCGAACAUCCAAAUAUGAGGCGGGAUUCGAACGUUUCAGACGAGCUCUCGAAUAUAUACUCUUAUGGAUCUUCAAUAAUUUGCUCGAUUUUCAGAGAUGCUGAAUUCCCUACGAAGCAGAGCCCGUUCGUUGACAGUGACGGAGACACUCACAGUGUCGGGCACAAAGCCUUUGGUCGGAUUUACGAAGCUGCUGGGGGAACUCGCCCGCUAGAAACGAAUCGAAUAUACUCAUGUACACAUCCUUGUCGAAACAAGGUAUUCCUGGGAACCAACCCUGUUCAGGCAGGCUACUUGGCGAUAUCGUUUUCCGACUGCUCUCUCUGGAUGCCGAUGAUCCAAUUGCCUGCUCUGAGCUUGGAAGCAUUCGCCCCCAUGCUUCUCUCGGCUGUUCGUCGCAUCCUGGCUGAGAGACACCUGAGAGGUCAUAGAACAAAGGAAGUGUCGCCCUCCGGUUUAACCAUUUCCCCAGAAUUGCGCCCUGUGCAGCUUUGGGCCGGACUGGACCUUUAUGGACUAUUCCCACGCGGAAAUUCUCAUUCAGCAACCUGGAGCGGGAACCCGACAUGUUUUUGGCGGCGAAGGGGAACCAUUAUUGGAAGAGUUUUGAGAUCUCCCGAUAGUUAUCCUCCAACCACCCGAGCAAUCCCUUGGAUCCAAAAAAUCCCCAUGGACAUUUUACGAUACUCGCAUACUAGUUCCCUACACGGUUAG